GUAAUCAAAUUGUCCUCAGAUGCGUCUUGAUCAUCGUUUUAUCACAUCGCGUUCUUUGUGUACUAUAAGAGAAACAAUGAAGUUAAUAAUACCAAUCGUAACUGUGAUUUUUUUUAACUUAGUAAGUGCCGGUCGUAUACGAGGUUACGAUUACAAAUUUGAAGAUGCGGAUAAAACUCCUGCAGUUCAAUAUAAUUUAGAUGAUGCUCCAAAAUUAUUUCAAGAGUUCAUACAAACAUAUGGAAGGAAAUAUAAUACUCAAGAAGAAUACACGAACCGCUAUAAAAACUUUUAUAAUAAUUUGAUUGAAAUCAACAAACUGAACUCGCAAAAGUCAUCUGCUACUUUCGGUAUCAACAUGUUUGCAGAUCUAGCAGUUGGUGAAGAUCCAACAGUGGCGUUUAGUUUGAGCGACAGUAAACGCAGCCAAGAAAGGCUACGAUUACGAGUUUGAAGACUCAGACGAGACUACCGCAAUACAAUACAAAUUAAUAGACGCGCCAAAAUUAUUCCUAGAGUUCAUACAAUCAUACGGAAGAGAGUACAAAACUGAGCAAGAAUACCUCAAGCGUUAUCGUAACUUUGUAACGAAU